GGCGGCUGCCGGCGCUGCCUCCCGCUGCUACGCGGUGGCCGGAGCGGGGCGCGGAGCGGCGGCGCGGUCGGCCGCGGGUGCGGACCAUGGGCUGGCGGCUGCUGCCCGCCGUCCUGCUGGCCCUGGCUCUGGCCGGCCCCGCGGCGCGGGCGCAGAACGACACCGAGCCCAUCGUCCUGGAGGGCAAAUGUCUGGUGGUCUGCGACUCCAACCCGGCCACCGAUACCAAGGGCUCGUCCUCCUCCCCGCUGGGCAUCUCCGUGCGGGCGGCCAACUCCAAGGUCGCCUUCUCGGCAGUGAGGAGCACCAACCACGAGCCCUCCGAGAUGAGCAACAAGACGCGCAUCAUCUACUUCGACCAGAUCCUAGUAAAUGUGGGCAAUUUUUUCACGUUGGAGUCUGUCUUUGUAGCGCCAAGAAAAGGAAUUUACAGUUUCAGCUUUCAUGUGAUCAAAGUCUAUCAGAGUCAAACAAUUCAGGUUAAUUUGAUGCUGAAUGGAAAGCCAGUUAUUUCUGCUUUUGCUGGGGAUAAGGAUGUCACACGUGAAGCUGCCACUAAUGGAGUCCUGCUCUAUCUAGACAAAGAGGAUAAGGUUUACCUGAAAUUGGAGAAAGGUAACCUGGUCGGCGGAUGGCAGUAUUCUACAUUUUCUGGCUUUCUGGUCUUUCCUCUGUAAAGUCAAUUUUCCUGUGACAUUCAUCCAGGUGUGGACUCAUCAUUGCCUUUGUCACAUGAAGAUCAUUUUAUCAUCAGGGGAUUGAUGUUUCUUUAU